UUAGUCUUUCCUUUCACAUUCUUCGCAAAAUGUAAACAACAGUACUAUCAGCUGGUCAAAGGCAAAAUCGGUACAAAGGAGUAUACAAUUAUUGCAAACACGGUAGAAGUGUACCAUGCUUGCAAAUUUUCGACGGUAGGAAUGGGAGACUGUGAAUCACUUUAAAGUGGACCAAAAAAUUAAAAGGAUCUGCAAUACCAAGUGCUUGAUAAAUUACCAAUUAAUUUAAACAUUUUUAAAAGAACAGUGGAAAAAUGCGAAAUUAGACGGGAAGCGUGAAAGUAAAUAAAUUAUUGUUUGCAGUACUGCGAAUUUGCUGGGACAAAGAAUAUAUUUUUUGAUAAAAUAAUAUAUUUAAAAGAAGCGUCAACAUGCCCAGCUCGUUGCUAUUCGCCACCAAUAGCGAAGGUCGUGUCUACACGCUGUCAACAAAUUCAGCGGCUUGGCGUGAAUUUCCCUAUCUGGGUUUGGAGUUCAAGAAGAUCGCGGCAGUACCGCACUUUGUCUGGGCUAUUGGCGGUGAUCGACAGGUGUAUGUAUAUGUGUAUGGCUUGGAUGUGCCAAUACGCGUCAAAGAAGAGUCCUACGAAAACGAGCGUUGGCUUCCUAUUGAAGGAUUUUCAAAAAAGCUAUUACCUACCGAUCGCUACAAGUAUUCUUCAGUUGAUGGCAGUGUAGAACGUAAUAUCGACAAGAUAAGAUUGCCUUCAAUGGCCUGGCAGUGGGAUGGGGAAUGGCAUUUGGAUCUAGAUAUGGAUGGUCAGCAGUUGAACGAAGAAGGUUGGAUGUAUGCGUUAGAUUUUCCUGCUACAUAUUCGGUGAAGAAUUCAUGGAACUCAUAUGUGCGACGGAGGAAAUGGGUACGUUUCCGACGUUAUAGUGCCCUGAAUAGUUGGUGUGCGGUAGCGCCAUUACAUAAAGACCCCACACAAGAACCGUUCAUCGAUGUAUGUGUAGGCGGAACAAACGUGCCAAACGCCGCUUCGGGCACAAUGAUCGUGUGGGCUAUUACAGCGCAUGGAAGGGCAAUGUUUCGCACGGGUGUCAACACUUCUGCUCCGGAGGGUCUCCGAUGGAAUGCUAUAAACACACCACCGGGUUGUGAACUGGCGCAAAUUAGUGUCGGUCCGACGGGUCUCGUAUGGGCUGUGCUCUAUAAUGGACGUGCCAUUGUACGUACCGGAGUUACGCGCGAGAAUCUUUCGGGUGAAGCCUGGUUGGACGUUAAACCACCAGUCAGCAGCAACGAUGCUGCAGGUAAUCUAAAAAUUACUCAGGUGUCUGUGGGUACCGACUCUGUCUGGUGUGUAACUAACGACAGCCACGUAUGGUUCCGACGCGGCGUCAAAGGCGAGGCAGCUGGCAUAAGCGAAGACGCCGCUAUCGGCAGCGGCUGGGUGGAGUUGAUUGUCAAUAUAUCUUCAAUCUCGGUGGCGCCUAAUGAUCAAGUUUUCGCCGUCGGUUCAGCAGAUCGCACGCUAUACUUUCGCUCAGGUGUGUCCGCUUCCGAUCCGACAGGCAAACAGUGGCGCCAAAUACAGUGUUCCAUGCAGAUAAGUCGCACUUCCAGCUCAAUGUCGAUUGUGUCGCGCCGUAGUGGCAGCGGUUCCACGCCUGGUUCAAAACAUCAGAGUUUCUCAAACCUUUAUAGCAAGGAUAAGGAGAAAGGCGUAGUGGAGACAUGUGCACCAAUUGAAAAUAUGCCGGCCAGUCCGGCCUCCACGAAUAGCAGCACAGCAGGAGCGGCAGCUGCACAGGCGCGACUCAAAGGUGACAUUUGGAAAUACUCAACCGAUUCACCACCUAAUAUCGGUAGCUUAAAUUUGAAUGAGCGCCACAAGAAGCGUACCUCGGCUAUGCGUGAACAUGCCACCCACGCAUGCAGCGCACCCGCAACAGAGGUGGUGACCGAAAUAUCAGGCAAACACUUUGAAACGCAGCUCAAGAAUCCACGUGCGUGGUCGCCUGUGCGUAGCGUUGGCUCAAUUGUCGGCACUGAGGCACACCCUGAAAGCGAUUCAGCGGUAUUCGAGUCGGAUUCAACACAUCACGGUUCAGAUGCAUUUCUAGGCGAGGAUGAAGAUCACGCUGGCUCACAGUUUUGGACCGAAUGCGAGGUGAUGUGGAGUUGUGUGGCAGCAGGCGCUGUGUGUGUCGAUCCGACGAAUACGCCAAACUGGUUUAAUGAACAAGCGUCUGCCAAUGGUAAAGUGGACGUGGAUGCCGUAUGGCGCAAGGAUAUUAUUGAGAAACUGCAAAAACAAAAGGAGUUGCUGAAAAAAUUGAAACAUCCAGAAAAAUACGAGAAAUCCGUCGAAUUAACUUCAUGGAUUAAAUCGGCCGAAGCACGUUAUCAACGUCCCGGUGGUGAAUUCGAAGACUGUUUAAUAGAAUUGGAAUGGGUAAGUGGUGCAACCGGCGCUAAUACUAGUGCAGAUGCUGGCAACACCAGCACCGAUUCCGAUUCGGGUACCUUCACAGUGCUCAAUCCCGAUGGCGUCACUACAAAAAUCCAAUUUUCGCUCGCCAACAUCACGUGCGUGCAAUGCUGCAGUGAGCCAAGUGCACCGCGUAUUGCCUUGCACGCACCACGCCUACCAGCCAACUGUUCACCGAUCAAGUUGCAAUUCUCCAGUGACGCCGAAAUGGAGGAUUGGCUUUCUCACCUCAGUUCGGUUUGCUGUCAGAUCAAUGAGGUGCUGGGCAAACCGGCAAACAACGCUAUUUGGAUCACCAGCGAACUUGGAGAAGUCUUUGUUUUCGAUCCACUCAAUAUGAAAGCGAACCAGCUGGAUAAGGAGCGAAAUUGUUAUGUGCAGAAAUUUGAUGUAAACACAAUGGAAACGCCUUACUACAAUACACUCUCCAAUGGCAUGCCCUUUGGCACGGAACUGGAGAUAUCUGGUUGUGUCUACGAUGAUGCUGAUCAAAUACGCUUUGAUUUGCAGUGUCAUCCAAACAUAAAGACGCGUCCCAAAGUGGAAAAAUUCCGUGUGAUUGCAAUGCACAUAAAUCCAAGAUUCAAUGAGCGCACCAUAGUGCUUAACAGUAUGAACGACUCCGAAUGGCUGGAUGAAAUACGCAAUGACAACAUGGUGUUCGCGCCCGGCGCCACAUUCACAUUACGCAUCAAAGUUUUGGAGAAGCAUUACCAGUUGUUUGUGAACAACACACACUUCGCCGACUACAAAUACCGUACAGAUCCGGCCGCCGUCACCUGCCUCUACGUUAGUGGGCGUGUAAAGCUCUUUCAUAUCGUCUAUCGUUGUCCUACGUUGAUAAUCUCCAUGCAGGAGAUGUAUUGGCGCCAAAUAGGUGGUCACAUUAAGCGUGUAUUUACAUGUUCUGCCGGCGUCGUGUGGGGAAUUUCGUGCGACAACACUGCCUGGGUAUAUAACGGCGGUUGGGGUGGCCAGUUUCUGAAAGGGCUUGAGGGUGGCACUGGGAAAAUUAACAAUAUGGUCGAUACGCACACUUACUAUGUGUACGAGAAUCAACGCUGGAACCCCAUUAGCGGCUUCACUACGAAGAGUCUACCCACCGAUAGGCACUUGUGGAGCGAUGCUAGUGGACGCCAAAGACGUAGCAAAGAGCACACGAAACUCUUAUCCACACACUGUGAAUGGAUAACGGAUUGGAUGGUAGACUAUAAUAUACCCGGAGGUGCUGAUAAAGAAGGUUGGCAAUAUGCAAUUGACUUUCCAGCCACAUACCACGCUCAGAAAAAAAUCACUGAUUGCGUACGUCGUCGCCGUUGGUUGAAAAAGUGCCGUCUAACCAGUAGCGGCCCAUGGCAAGAGUUGAGUCAUUCAAAGAUUUUAGAUGCCGCUUUGCAAGUGUUCGACAACGAUGUGGAUAGUGCCAAUAGUUUAGGUGAUUGGGAAGAUUUGCCGGUAUGCGCUUGGGCAGUGGCAUCCAAUGGCGAUGUGCUAAUACGACAUGGUGUAACGCAGCUAAAUCCACGCGGUGAAAGUUGGGAGCAUAUACCGAGCGAGCAACCGUUGAUUGGAAUUAGUGUGGGCCCGUCUGGGCAAGUGUGGACUGUCGGAAGGAAUGGCAUGAUUUAUUUCCGUUAUGGCAUUACAAGGCACAAUCCAUUAGGUGACGCUUGGCAAAUGGUGGAAGCGCCUUCGGGUGUAACAUUCCGUACGGUUGCUGUGGGGCGUGCGGGCAUUUGGGCACUUGACAACCACAACCGGUUGGCUGUGCGCAAAGAGAUCACUAAAACGUUCCCCGAGGGCUCACAUUGGCAGUUCUUGCCGAAUAUGCCGAAUAUUCCGCCACAUACGGAAACUCAUAUCGGCUUUAAGUCGGUUUCAGUGGGCGCCGAGGUCUGGGCGAUUGCACUGAAUGGUGUCGUUUGCCAACGCUGUGGCAUUACAAAAGAGAAUCCCGCCGGUGCAGGAUGGAAUCUGGGCAUACCGGGCCAAUGGCAGCAUAUAUCUGCAGAGAGCUUCUCUUAAUAAUUUUGGAAAGUCAUUCCUUUAAUGUGUAACUAUUCCCAAAGAUUCAGUGUUCCAAUAAUUUCUUUACUUUCAAAUUUUUGUUCAAUUAAAUCAUUUUUUUUUUUAAUUAAUCAUUAUCUUUUGUUAUAUUGCCUGUAAGUCAUUCGAGCGCAUUUUUUCCCAGCUUAUAUAUAUUAUAUGUAACUUAACCAUUCCAUUGCAGCUUCAU